UACUCCUUGUUGCAGUGAGAGAUUCCUCGUUUGUCCCAGUUUCAACUCGUCCCGAGAGAUCAGAGGUCACCGAGCUUGAAAUCAAGGAGCUUGUGGAGGAGCUGCGAGAAACCGAUUGGAUGCGGCUCGGCAGCCAUCUUGGAAUCUCGACCAGUAGACUUGCCGCCUUCAGGGAGCGUUAUCAUGGCAACGUACCGCUAUGUUCGAUGGAGGUUCUGUUGCUAUGGAAACACAACUGUUCAGAGGUCAUCAACCCAAGAUCUCAUCUGGCCCUGGCACUGUCAACAAUUGGACGCGAAGACCUUUACGGCAAAAUCAAACGAAGAACAUAUAUCAAUGAAGCGGAAUCGAAGACAUCUCAGAACGGUAACCGGGGAAACUACCCUAGACGCAGAACGGUCGUCAUAUCAUUGGAUGACGACGAUGACAAAGAAACGACAUUGAACACGGAGCGAAGUUUGGCUGGGGCCGAAUCAGGAGUGGAAACAGUUGAGUCGUUGAGUGACAGUCUUGAAGGAGAAUCAGACAGUGACGAUGAAACUGGAUGGGAUGGACACCGUGUUCUUCAUGUGCCCAUCGUAAUCUCGAAAGACUACGAAACACGCCCAGCCCGGUCAACCAAACCCAAGUCCAUCACGGUUCCUAUAGUUAUGACAAGCCCACCUUCAUCUCCACCUUCAUCAUCUAUACCUUCGGGGCCGCGGAUAUCGUCCAUUGAAGAUGCAUUAGAUCCAGAUCCGGGAACAGUUGCGACCCGGUUAGAACCAGUAGAACCGGGUGAAACUGUAGCAGUUGCGAUCCUGAAGUCAAUGGAUGGAACAAUCGCAAUACCGAACAAACCCAUAGCCAUAACAAGAGAGCUUCCCCUUGAUACUAUCACCAAUAGCCCGGAGAGGACUGAAGAUACACUUGAACCUGACCCUGAUGAGCAUAAAGACAGCUCUGCUUUGGUUGUUGCGAAAGAAGCAGAUCAUCCAAAGCCGUUGAGGAACCUAACACCGAAGUCUGGCGUCACCAAGACCAAUGCAGAGUUAUCUGAGGACGAGCUACGUGUACUGUCUACAGAGAUCAGAUCUGCCUCGGAAUGGCGCAAAUUAGGUAAGCAACUCGGCCUCAACCAGACUGAUAUAAAGAAUUUGUCUAAGGCGAACGGAGAGGGCGUGACGCAGUGUGCCUUCGGGGUUUUGAAGCUGUGGAAGAAGCGCUUUGGCAACUCGGCGAAGGAGAGACGCAUCCUUGCUGCUGUCAUUUCUGAUCUAGGUCGAGACGACCUGUAUUCAGCCAUUAUCAAAAAUAAACUGACGGGCAGGAUACAGUCAUUGGAAGAUAGCGUAAAAAGAUGGUCAGACGUUUUGAAGGUGAGAUAUGGCGGAGCUGAUUUCGAUACAGUGGAGAGUCAGCACUACAUGGAUAUCCCAGUAGUGUAUCAAGACGAAGAUGGAAAUAAGACAACCCUCCUGAGUAGACACGACAUCCUCAAUGCUCAGAAGGGCAAGAAACAAUUGCCACUGAUUCUUCUACACGGAGAUGCAGGAUGUGGUAAAACGACCUUUCUCAAGCGGCUGGCGCGGGACUGGGCAGAAGGCAACGAUCUAUCUCAUCUUUCCAAGGUUCCUCUGGUCCUUUUCCUCACUCUUGAAGAGUUGCGACGAUGCCGUAGCAUCGGAGAAGCAGUGGUCAGGUCUCUCUUGUUCAAGGAUUCCUCUGCAACGGCUGGGAUGGUCGAUGAAUACCUGAGGAUGUACCCGGAGAACUCUGUAUUGCUGGUAGACGGAUUCGAUGUAUCUCGCUCACAAGGAGAUCUUCAGGCAACGCAGACGCUCCGUGACCAGGUGAAAUGCCAGAUGAUUGUUACAAGUAGAGCAUGUCUUCCAGAAAGUGAAGAUUCCAUCCGUAAGUUGAUUUCUGUGGAGAUGCAAGGCAUUGGUUUCGAUCAACGAAGCAAGUUUAUCGGUUCAUUUUUCGGGCCUGAUGUAGUACAAGGUGAGGAGCUUCUUCAGUCCAUAGCAGGGGAUGAUGUCUUAUUAUCAUUCUGCUCUCGUCCAAUGUUUCUAGCAAUCAUUUGCCAGCUAUGGAAGAACCAUGCACAGCUUCAGGAUAUAAAUACAUCCUCUGAUAUCAUUACUUCUUCACUUGUCCUUCGUUUCAUUGGUCAUGAAGAUGUAAAGGAUGUCGUAGAGGGCGUUUCAAAUGUGAUGUCGACGCUUAGUCGAGUAGCACUGGAGAGCAUCAUGACGCCGGGAGUUCACCUAACGUUCAAGACAAUGGACCUGACAGACGAUGAUGAGCGCGAGUGUGCAGAGCUAGCUGAGAGAGUUGGUUUGAUCAGAUGCUCCCCUUCCACCGCCAAUGACUCAACUACACACAAAGAAGACAGAGAAUGGUCUUUCAUCCACCCUCUGGUACAUGAGAAAUGCGCUGCCAUCGGACUAGCAUCGCUCCAUCGGUCUGACCCGAAAGGAUUUGAAGAUAUCAUAUCUGCCAUUGGGUCCAUUGCAGAGUGUGAGUCUAUGAGAUACAUCUUAACCUUUGCUUCCGGUGAAAGUGUUGAGGUCGCAAAGAGAAUCCUACGACUUCUAGGUGAUCUAGCUUGGAAGGAUCCUGGUUCAACUUUGACUGCCCAAGAGCUUGUAUUGAAAUGUAACUUUGAAUGCCACCGAAACGACGCAUUGAAUCGUGAACUUCAGUUCAGCAUACGGUCCCUCCAAAUUGCAGCCUUCAUCAACAGCUUCAUGGUGGAUGUCUCUUUCAGGUAUUUCAUCUUGAACUCCGUCAGGGAAGCCGAGAACCCUGUUCAAAUACAGAAGGUUAAGUUCAUAAUAUCAUCUCGAAUCGACAUGGACUACGCCACGGCUUGUUUGCAGAAUGGCUACUUCACAUCUGUGCCAGAGUUCAUCUUUGACAUGCCAAAGACUUUCAGUCCUUCAAGAGAAGCUUCCAGAAGACUUUCCGAUGACGUAAUUACCCCAUCCCUUCGAUGCCUCAUGGUCUCGUCCAUUUUCUCCACCCGAGACUUCAUAUCCAAUCUCCACUCCUCCGAAAGCCUUGAAGAACUCAGAGGGUCCGAUAUUGACCCGAAGUACAUCGACCUACCUGCAUGGUGCCGAAACUACCCAAACCUGAAGACACUUAGUCUAUCAUGUAUCAUGUACCAAGACCCACGGAAUAUGGACGACCAUAGGAACAGCCUUAAAGGUCUGGAAUCUGUCUUGUGUACCCUCACAAGCUUGGAGUACCUUCAGCUCAGCAACUUCUUCUGCUCGGAAACGCUGGUCCAGAUCCUGAUCAAGGUUCUUCAGACACUGCCCAAGCUAUCCCACAUCCAAGCAGGACCAUCUGGUGACCAACUGCAUCAUUAUUCUGAAGAAGUCGAGGAGACUUGCGGUGAGGUCUCAGAGGCCACAAUCCAAAGCUUCACCAAGGCUACCAACAAGAAGUCUUCGUCCCUGAAGAUCCUUCAACUCUCAUGCUUCGGGAACUUUGAAAAACUAUACCAGGUGCUGCGGUCGGAAACAAGUUCGAGGGGGCGGAGAGGUAGUGAGCUGCACUAUACUUCACCAAGCGAUGAGGACGGAUAUUGGGUAUUCAAACGGUAGUGGAACAUGGAAACGUAACAGGAGUCAUAUGGCCUUGUCUUCUCUCUCAUGAGGCAGGAAAAAACUCACGUGAUUCCCCUUGGUUGUAGGAGACACAUAUGUUCCUUUAGGGCUUACUUCGAAUCAUUGGAUCAUCGCGUCGGGUCGGGUGGUCGCGUUACCCAACCUUUUGUGAAAACAUGCCCCUUUCUUGACGAAACGUAGUGCGAUACAAUUUGAGAAAUAAGCCCCUCUCAUCUAUCAAUGGUCAGGUACAAUUUAACCAACACUUUGUGAAAAACCCUUCGACAAAUCUACAAAAGGUCGCGUCCAUAUUAUGCAUCUUCAGAUGAUCUUCCGUUUUCGUUCCACGAAAGGUCGAGUAACGCGACCAUCCGACCGGACGCGAAGACCCGUUGAUUCGAAGUAAGCCCGUGUUUGGUGAUUGUUGACGACUUCUGAUCACCAUCCGAAAAUGAUCCAGACUGUAAUGCAGUUAUUAUGAGUUUAUAUUUUACAGAUACAUUGUAUUUCUUUGAAAUCAAACUCCUUUAUAACUAGCCACUCUCAUUUAGUUGAGUACAUGUAGUUGCAGAUUUUGUUUGAAUUAUAUUAGGUUGUACAGCGCCCUUUUCAGGGUCAUGUUAUGUGAUUGUUGGGUUGUAUACAUGUAUUCCCCAUUUUCUCCU